AUGCCCUUCGUGUGUUUGACAGACUUUCAAGCCCGUGCACGGGAGCGUCUCUCGAAGUUGACAUGGGAUUAUAUUGAAGGAGGAGCUGGUGAAGGCUUCACGCAGGAAGACAACAUCACAGCAUUUAAAAAAAUUCGCCUCCGUCCCCGGUAUCUGAAAGAUGUGUCAGAAGUGGACACCAGAACCACAAUCCAAGGGGAGGAGAUCAGUGCCCCCAUUUGCAUCUCACCCACAGGUUUCCACUGCAUCGCCUGGCCUGAUGGAGAAAUGAGCACGGCCAGAGCUGCCCAAGCAGCUGGUAUCUGCUACGUCACCAGCACGUAUGCCAGCUGUACCCUUGAAGACAUUGUUUCUACUGCCCCCGGAGGCCUCCGGUGGUUCCAACUCUAUGUGCAGCGGGACCGACAGCUAAACAGACAGCUGAUCCAGAGGGUAGAAUCCCUGGGUUUCAAAGCUCUGGUAAUCACUGUGGAUGUACCCAUAAGUGGCAACAGGUGGCAUGACGUUCGAAACCAAUUGGACUUGAAGACAAACUUACUGCUGAAAGAUCUUCGAUCACCUAAAGAGAGAAAUUCAAUGCCUUCUCUCCAGAUGUCCCGCAUUGACCCAUCCAUCUGCUGGGAUGAUCUCUCCUGGUUGCAGAGCAUAACUCAAUUGCCCAUCAUCCUGAAAGGGAUCUUGACAAAAGAGGAUGCAGAGUUGGCUGUGAAGCACAAUGUCCAAGGCAUCAUUGUUUCCAAUCAUGGUGGGAGGCAGCUUGAUGAGGUUCCCGCUUCUAUUGAUGCCUUGACAGAAGUGGUGGCUGCUGUGAAAGGAAAAAUUGAAGUGUACAUGGAUGGUGGGAUCCGAACUGGCAAUGACGUGCUGAAGGCUCUGGCCCUCGGGGCUAAGUGCAUUUUUCUGGGGAGACCAAUCCUGUGGGGUCUCGCCUGCAAGGGUGAACGCGGCGUUGAGGAAGUUUUGAACAUUUUAAAAAAUGAGUUCCACACUUCCAUGACCCUUACAGGCUGCCGGUCAGUUGCCGAGAUCAACCGGGACCUGAUCCAGAUCUCCAGGUUGUAG